UCCCGAUCAGCGCGCCGCCCCAUCGCUCGGGCGCGCGGCGGAAGAUGGCGGAGUCCGGUGGCAGCAGCGGCUCUAGUCAGAGCCCCGAGCGCCCGAGCAGGUCCUGAUGGCAGGGAACAAGAGGCCUAGGCAUGUCUGGAGGGGAACACUGAGGCCAGUCACCUAGGAGCCUGGACAUGUCUGAGGAAGACACUGAGGCCAGUCACCUAGGGGCCUGGACAUGUCUGGGGAGACACUGAGGCCAGUCACCUAGGGGCCUGGACAUGUCUGGGAGACACUGAGGCCACUGGGAGACCUCAACAGACAAGGAAUCUUAUAGCUGGUCUCACAGAUGCCAUAUAGCUGAGGAUAACAUCAAACUGCUGGUUAUCUUUCCUCAACCCGAAUGAUCAAGAUGACAGGCAUGCAUCUCUAUUCCUGUGGUGCAUGCUAGCUUGGCCGACAGGAAUGGGGCACUUAAGUGCACCUUCUCUGCAGCUGGCCACAGCACUGGCCUCCUGCAGGGCCUGGCUGCCCUCCGUGCACAGGGCCAGCUGCUCGAUGUGGUCCUCACUGUCAACAGUGAAGCCUUUCAUGCGCACAAGGUGGUCUUGGCAGCCUGCAGUGACUACUUUAGGGCCAUGUUCACUGGCGGCAUGCGUGAGGCCAACCAGGCUGUCAUCCAGCUGCAGGGUGUGUCUGCACGUGGCCUGCGUCACAUCAUCGAUUUUGCCUACAGUGCUGAGGUGACACUGGACCUAGACUGUGUGCAGGACGUGCUGGGUGCUGCCGUGUUUCUGCAGAUGCUGCCGGUGGUGGAGCUGUGCGAGGACUUCCUGAAAGCUGCCAUGAGCGUAGAGACGUGCCUGCACAUUGGCCAGAUGGCUACCACCUUCAGCCUGACAUCACUGCGUGAGUCAGUAGAUGCCUUCACAUUCCGCCACUUCCUGCAGAUAGCAGCAGAAGAGGACUUUCUGCGCCUGCCACUCGAGCGCCUUGUCUUCUUUCUGCAGAGCAACCGGCUGCAGAGCUGCGCCGAGAUUGACCUGUUCCGCGCUGCUGUGCGCUGGCUGCAGCAUGAUCCUGCCCGCCGCGCCCGUGCCAGCCUUGUGCUACGCCACGUGCGCUUCCCGCUCAUGCAACCUGCUGAACUGGUGGACAGCGUGCAGACACUCGACGUCAUGCUCGACGAUGCCCUGUGUCGCCAGUACCUGCUGGAGGCCUUCAGCUACCACGUGCUGCCCUGCCGCCAGCAUGACAUGCAGUCGCCUCGCACUGCUGUGCGCUCUGAUGUAGCGUCCCUGGUGGCCUUCGGGGGCACACCUUAUACCGACAGCGACCGAGCUGUCAGCAGCAAGGUGUUCCAGUUACCUGAGCCAGGAGCACGCCACUUCCGCGAGCUCACGGAGAUGGAACUGGGCUGUAGCCACGCGGGCGUGGCUGUGCUGGAUAACUUCGUGUACGUGGCAGGCGGCCAGCAUCUGCAGCACCGCAGUGGCGAAGGCGCUGUGGACGCCUGCUACCGCUAUGAUCCACAGCGCAAUCGCUGGCUGCGGCUGCGAGCACUGCGUGAGAGCCGCGUGCAGUUCCAGCUCACUGCACUGGGAGGGCUGUUGUAUGCCACCGGUGGCCGAAAUCGCGCGGGCAGCCUGGCGUCUGUGGAGCGCUACUGCCCACGCCGUGACAGCUGGGAUUUUGCCUGCCCACUCAAGCGCCGUACCUGGGGCCAUGCGGGUGCCGCAGCUGCUGGUCGCCUCUACAUCUCAGGUGGUUAUGGCGUCUCAGCGGAGGACAAGAAGGCGCUGCAGUGCUAUGAUCCAGCAGCCGACCGCUGGGAGCCCAGGGCGCCCAUGCGUGAGCCCCGCGUGCUGCACGCAAUGUUGGGCGCUGCUGGCCGCAUCUAUGCCCUAGGUGGCCGCAUGGACCACGUGGACCGCUGCUUCGAUGUGCUGGCUGUGGAGUACUACGUGCCGGAUGCCGACCAGUGGACCAGUGUGACACCCAUGCGAGCUGGUCAGUCGGAAGCUGGCUGCUGUCUACUAGAGAGGAAGAUCUACAUCGUGGGUGGCUACAACUGGAGGCUGAACAAUGUCACAGGCAUCGUUCAGGUGUACAACACUGAGACGGAUGAGUGGGAGAGAGACCUGCACUUCCCCGAGUCCUUUGCAGGCAUUGCCUGUGCUGCUGUCCUGCUGCCCCGCUCAGGCCAUGGGAGGUAGCUUGGGAUCCUGGCUGUGUUCCCCACAAGUGUCAGACCCCCAGCCCAGGGGUCCCUACCUCCCAGCCCCAAGUCAACAGAGAGAGAGAUCUGGUCCCCAAGGUUUAGGUGCCAUGGCAGCCAUUGCCCAGUGGGUGUCUCUGCACUGUCCUGUGUGGUUAGGUCUUGGUAUCUCUCAUCCCUAGCCAGACAGAUGAAAGCUUGUGGACAGAAAACACCAAGUCCAGGGAGGAGCAACUCUCCUUGUCUCCUGACUAAACUCUUCUGUUUAAAAUCCUAGCCUGGAUUUCUGCCGUGGGAUCCACAAGGCAGAGAGACUCUUCAGAUUACCCUCUGAACUCCACGUGGGCAUCAUGGAACACACAUGCACGCACACAAUCAAAUGAGUAAGAUUGUAAAUCAGCUCUCUGGUGCCUGGACAGCAUUCAGGAUGCAGGAGUCAGAGUGUGUCCCAGAGGCCCCCUGACAGGUGACAGAUGCAGCCAAGUCUUCAUCACCAACCUCCCUGGCCCGCUUGACUUGUGGAUUCUGGAGCAUCCCAAAGGCCCCUGUCCCGUUAACCCAGCAUUCUUUGCCUGUGCCACCCCCUUUUAUAAGAAGACAGAGCUAAUAAGUGAGGCAUGGUGUGGCCUUUUCCAAUACCCUGGAGGCUAAAGAGGGAGGAGAAUCAUUGCAAGUUCUAGGCCAGCCAGGACCACAGCCCUGAAAUGAGGAAACCCACAAAAAACAAAAGCAGAGAAACCACAAAAGCCACCUCAGGUGAGGAGGCCUGUGUCAGCUGGCCCGGGAGGAGAGCCAGCUGGGGGCCCAUCUAACAUGUUGGCUAUAGAAAGCCAUGCUCCCAGGUCUGGCCCACCCUCGGGUGGGGUGGUGGGAGGUGCUAUGGCCGUGAGCCCCAGCAGCCUCAUUCGAUGGCAGCCCUGCUUUGUUUUGCUGUUUAAAUCCUGAACUCUCAUCUUCAUAUUUUGUUUAAUUUUUUUCUUGUUUAAGGAAGCCAGCCCCACUGUCUUCCAAAUGAGUAUGUUCUCUGGUGAUCUAAGGUGUCCCUUGCUGCUCAGAGUCAUGGAUGUCAUCGUUGUACGGCCGCUCAGCACAUGAGUAAUUAAUCCCAGUCCUUUGCUGCAGCCUCUGCUGAUCAGUCCUUUGAUUUAAUAAAGGCAUUAUGGAGGAAGGAUGGAGCAGACCUGUGCUCUACGCCUGCCACCUGUGUGACCUGUG